AUGGGCGAACUUCAGGAAUUGAGCGUCCAAGGUCAAGAAUCGACACAGUCGACGAGACCUCCGCCCAAGGCACCCGAUGCGCCACCCAACGGGGGUCUUGUUGCAUGGCUACAAGUGCUCGGAGGCUUCUUCAUCUUUUUCAACUCAUGGGGCAUCGUGAACACUUAUGGCGCAUUUCAAUCCUUUUACGAAACCGAGCUUUUACAAAAUGAGACUGGGUCAACGAUAUCUUGGAUCGGAACAUUCCAAGCAUUUCUCCUCAUUGCGCUCAGCAUUUUUAGUGGCCCGAUAUUCGAUCGAGGCUAUCUCCGCGAACUCUUCUGGGUUGGCUCCUUCUUGGUUGUGUUUGGCUUGAUGAUGAGCAGUCUGGCUACCAAGUACUAUCAACUCUUCUUGUCCCAAGGACUAUGCGUAGGCAUUGGGGGCGGAUGCCUCUUUCUACCAUGUGUCGCUGUCGUCUCUACGUAUUUUACAACAAAAAGAGCGCUUGCCAUUAGUAUUGUAGCUUCUAGAGGAAGCGUUGGCAGUACGAUAUAUCCCAUUGUCUUCCGCAGGCUCCAACCAGCCAUUGGGUUUCCGUGGGCAAUAAGGGUAAUUGCCUUUAUUGCGCUGGGCUGCCUUUUGGGAAGCAUAAGCAUUAUGAAGAGCCGGCUGUCUCCCUCGGGGCAUGCGCGGAAAUUGGUGGAUCUGGCUGCCUUUAAGAAUGUGCCCUAUACGGUAUUCACUGCUGGGCUGUUCUUUGUUUUCGUUGGCUUAUACGUGCCGAUUUUUGACGUUGUUGUUGACGCUCAGAUUGGAUCUCACGUCAACGAAGACUUGUCUUUUUACAUCCUCUCCAUUCUCAAUGCAGCAUCAGCAUUCGGUCGCGUCAUUCCAGGGCAGUUAGCAGACCUUUUUGGAUCCAUGGAAGUCAUCAUCGCUUGCACAGUCACCUCUGCUGUUUUCGCAUACGGCUGGAUCGGGAUCCAUUCACUGGGCGGGUCUAUUGCAUUCUCCAUAGUCUAUGGGUUUGUGUCCGGAGCAGUGGUGUCCGUUCAGGCGAGCGUUGUUGCGUCUCUGGUGCCUGAUGUGCGCUACAUUGGCACAUGGAUGGGCAUGUCCCUGUUUGUGGCCGGUCUGGGGAUCCUGAUUGGCAGCCCUAUUGCUGGAGUGCUUGUCACGUCGGGCACCCGAGCAUUUGUAGAUCCCUUUAUCUUUUCUGGAACGUUUACAAUUACGGGCGCAAUAUUGUUUUGCAUUGCGUGGGUGUACAAAAAGGGAAUCACCAAGGCUGAAUGA